AGUGGAUCUCCGGUUUUCCUUCUGACUCUGAGUCUUUUUCGUGAAUAUUGUGUGAAAUUCUUCAAACAAGAUCUCGGUGGAGUACUUUGCAAGGCUAAUCUUCGAAGAGCGACGAAUCCGGGGGAAGAACGAUGGUGUACUUGUUACUCGUCGGUUGCAUCGCGCUGCUUGGUGUUCGCGAGUCGUUUGUCUCGGCCGCACCAUCGAAUGGAUACGGCAACUUGGAGCAGACAACGACCCCCCAUCUGAACGGGGGCGCACAGGACGCGGCCGCGAGCAUCAAUAAUCCGGAAUCCGCCUGCCCGUGCUUGACAUCGGUCAAUAGCUCGACGAUCCCCGGACAAUCGGACUGGAUGACGCAGCAGAACCGGCAGCAUCUCGAGCAAUUCUACUUACAAAACGUAAUGAUGCACGGCAUGAUGUGCUCGUGCAACGUGGCCAUGCGUGGCGCUCCGAUGAGAGACGAUUAUCGUUACACAAUGGGUGUCGGUGCGCAUAAGUUGCACACAAGGGCCGCCACGUGGAACGACGCGAGGAAAUUUUGUAACGAUGAGGGUGGCUACCUCGCCAUCAUCAAUUCUAUUGCUGAGGAGCACAUACUGUUGGAUAUAUUUAAUCACUCCGGACCGAUCAAGGGUGCGGCGUAUCCGAACGAGGCCUUCUUAGGUAUACACGAUCUUUAUGCGGAAGGCGAAUGGGUCACGGUGUUAGGCGAUUCGCUGGCGAAAACCGGUUAUACCAGGUGGAGCGAUAAGUGGGGCGGACAGCCCGACAACGGAGGAGGCAAACAGCACUGUGGUGCCCUAAUGAAAGAGGGUGGCAUGGACGACGUCGCGUGCGACGUCCCAUUUCCAUUUCUCUGUGAACUUCCGCUGAUGCGGCCUUUACAAUGAGAAAAAAGCGAUGGCUCGGUGCACCUGUAAAAAUUUAAGCAUUUAUGUGCUCUUGUAUGCAACAUCUUAGUGCGCUCCGCGUAUCGUGGCGGCAUUUUGCAGACAUUAUCCAUGUGAAAGGCCUUCCUCGCAUAUACAUAUAAAGCUGUCUUCUUUUUGUAACAUACAAAAUAUCUCGCUGGAAAUUUCAAGUUUCCCUCUGUCAUUUUCCAUAAGGCAUCCACCAAUGAAUGUCUAGAUAAAUACAUCUUACGUGAAUAUAAUGUCUUCCUGGAUUUUCUUCUUGUUAGAUUUGUCAAAGAAAUUUUGCUUUUCUUUUCCUACGUAUGUAUGGUCUUCCUCCACAUUGAUUAAAAUGUACAAAAAAGUAAGCGGGCUUUUUCAUUACUUGAUCUUAUUAACAAUGUUAAAAUUAGCGAUUCUAAUUAGUUGCUUGUUUCUAUACAGUACAGUUGUAUUCCUGAAGUUUGGACAUUACAAGUUUCCGCGUUGUGAUACAACGGUACUAUUACGCGUUGAGUUAUGCUGCACGAGUUUACGAGUAGGGUGAGAAUUUUGAGUUACAGCAACUACCGCAACAAUUCGUAAAUGAUAUUUAAAAAUCAACGGCACGUCGGCUAGCUGUGCCUUUUUGUACGUUUAUUUAAAUCGGGUCGAUGUUUCCGUCCGAAUCUCUUUUUCUACGGGAGCUUUAACCUCGCAUGUUACAGCCAAAAUAAAAUAUAACUUCCGAACCUCCACGAUUUAUGUUUAUAGGAAAUAUAGCGCCGCGCGCGGUAUACGUUUCGGAGAAUAAAGAAUUUAUAGAGGCAUCGAUAGAGUGUAGAGCAAUGCAAGCCAAGCGAUGCAAGUAUUUACGGCGCAGCGGUAUAUAAUUCGUGGUUUUUGAUUUUGCUGAAUACUCGCUAAAUUGCGUUUGAAAUUGAGAAGCGCGAGGAAAAUGGAAACGGAGCCAAAUCCGGACGCAAUGUUAUACUUGUGCUGAAAAUCAUAGUUCUAGAGAAACCAGACGUCGAAGAGCGAAUGAUAAUCUUCUUAUUAAAUACACUCUAUUAAGAUAUUAAACUUGAGUAAUUAUAUACCACAAUGUGCGGAAAUUAUUACCGAUAGUUAACGUAUAUUAUAUAUCUUGUACGUUUUUAUAGUGUUUUAUUUAACUACAGAGACAGUUAAUUUCCUUAUUCACAAAUAUGUUCUAAUAAUUGUAUAUAACACUUUGUACGGAUAUAAAAUGAAUGGUAUACGUUAAAUAGA